AUGUUCAUUUACUCCAACAGGAACCUCUCUAUUUACACUACUUGUCUCAUUACUCCAAACAGACCUCUCAUUUACAUCUACUUGCCGGAAGUCGAGCUCAUCAGCGGAGGAGACAUCUGGAGCGAGUUAGAACUGGACGACGUCAGACUCGCUCCGCAGAUCGACAAGAUUCUGAACGGAUACCAGUGGGUGAACGAUGCGACAGGUGUGAUCCCGCACUGCCUCGCCAUCCUCAAGCUCUGCCACCAGAUGACCGAGCGCCUCGUGGCCACCACCAUGACACCCAUUCACAAGGAUAAACUCCACGAUAUCAUUGAGGUCACCCGCCGCCUCUCCCCUCGGAUCGACGACGUAGCCCGGGCCAUGUACCCGCCCUUGGAUCCCCGCCUCCUGGAAGCGAGGUGUUCCGCCCUCAUCCUCACCCUCACCCUCCUGGCCUGGCACGCUCGCUACCUCACCUCGAACACGACGGUGACACUCAUUAAUGAGGCCCUGGGCGACAUGGAUCGACAUCUUUCGGUGUUGCGCGAGGCAGCUAUGGCACAUGAAACUUUCCACGGCUGCUUUACGGAAGAUGCAACAUGCGACACUGCGGAAUGCUGAAAAGAAGGAUACUAUCAUGCAACAAGAGUGUCUUUAUUAAUGUGCAUUGAAGUUUGCAUAUUGCAGUAUAUGUAACUUUUUACCAUACAUGAGGUAGCUAUUAUUUUACCAUGCAGUUGCAGUAUUUAACAUGCAUAAAGUAGCUAUUUACCAUGUAUGAAGUUACUAUUGACCAUGUCUGAAGUUAACUUUUGCCAUGCAUAUAGUAGCCGUCUACCAUGAUGGAAAUAAGGGUUUACCAUGCCCGAAACAGCUAUCUACAUGCACGCGUUAACUAUUUGCCAUGUCUGAAGUACUACCAUGUAUGAAGUACCUAAUUACCAUGUCCAAUGUAGUUAUUAUCAUGCAUAAAUUAGCUAUGUAUUUAACAUGUCCUACCACAAAAAUAACCUAAUGUAAUAAUGUUUAAUGUCUUAUUAAGUGAUAUUUUGUUACCUUUGGUGCACUGGAUAAACUUUUUAAUUUAUCACAGAGCACUAGAGUAAUCCCAAGUAUAUACAGAUUAUAUACAAUAUAUAGAAGGUAUAAUACUUGGUCAUAGUUUCCUCCUAAUAAAAAAGGAAGAGAAAAUGGACCAUCUCAAAUUCUCAAUAACGAUAUUCUAAAUUGUAUAAAAAGGAUGACAAAGAUUCCUCCUUUGCCCCCAAAGUAGGUGCGAAAAUAUGAUGUGAUCUUUACGAGUCAUAAACCAAAGCUAUGAAAAGUACAGAAUUUUUUUAUAAUGCAUAUUGAUCUCCUUUUAAAUUACUAAUUUACAAAUAGCUUCUUUUGAUUAGAUAUGUAUUUGAUACUAGAAUGAGGUUGUAUAAUGAGGUUGUAUAAUGAUGUGAGGAUUGAAUUCUUUAAUAUAUUAAUUUGAUAUUACUUUUAUUGUUAACUGUUCAUGUGGUAUAUUUACUAUUGAAUAAGGGACUAGAGAGUUUGUGUAUAUAUAUUUAAAUUUUAUAGAUCUAUAUUUGUAAUCUUAAACUUACCUUACAAACAAGUACAUGUACAACAGCACAAAGACAUACAAAAAUACAGAAACACACACACACACUUAACCUUAUAUACAUACAGACAGACAAGGAAGUAUUCCACUAAUUUAUCAGUUACAAGAUACUAACCCCAGCUUUUCAUGUUCACUUAUGAAGCUUAACUUAUUUUAAAAAGCCAAGGCAUUUCAGGCAUUUACAGCCUUUUAUUAUGGCCACAAGGAUAUAUAAUCUUUGAUAAAAAAAUCCUUUAAAGACAAUACUGAACUGUAGGCUUUGCAAACAAUAACAGUUUCAUGGAAGAACUAAAUAAUAAAAAGCAAUGCAUAAGUGUAUCCAGUACUAGCCAUUUUUUUUCUUAAGUUUAUCACCAAUACAAUAGGUGUUAACGGAGUAUGAAAUACUCAACAUAAUUGAAAUGAGAGUAUCUCUUUUUAUAAUAUUUUCCAGGCUUGUUGUGUAGUAUGCAAGUCUUUUGUAAAUAAAUCUUUUUUCAAAGGA